AUGAAUAGCCAACAGCACUCUGUUACCAAAAAGGCACCUUAUGAUAUCGUAUUUGGACAACGCAUGCGUAGCGAUCGUGUCGCGUUCUAUGAACGGAACAGCAGAGAUAUUGGCAAUGAUAACCCCGGUGCAGAGAUUGCGGUUCUAAUUGAUCCUGAAAUCGUCAGAAAUGAACGGAGUUUAACGAUGAACGACAACGUAGCCGUACAAUCAUCUCCCGAGAUUGUGGGGCAUUGGAACACAAGAAUGGAACUAGAUGAUAGUGUCCGUAAUGCCACAGUAGUAGCAUGGGAUCUGAUGAUAAAACGAGAUAAGAGACGUUUUAACCUUCCGAAUUUUGCUACCGGCAUACUUGUUACGCUGAAAGUCCCAAAAGCUGACAGGCUUGCCACUUAUGGAAAACGUUUGAUUUACAGGAUUGUUGAUAUCAGCGGCUCAAAUAGAGAUUCCUAUAUCUUGAGGAGUGAAUUCGGAUUGAUAUCGAGAAGCUGUCAUAUACGUGAACUCCAAGAAGUGGCUCAAACGUUGGAUUUCUCACCAUACGAACAAAGGCUUAACGACAGGAUCACAGUACGAAUGGCUGCAAAGCUUACCUAUGAAAGAAAUACAGGAAUGAAAUAUCUAUAUGCUCUUGUCGGGGAAAAUAUGACACACAACGAAGUCCUUGUGUCCGAAGAAAAGCAAAUUGUUCCCCAAAACAGUAAUAGCUCGGACGAGGUAGGAGAAGAUGUCACUAGUGAUAGCAGCUCCGAGGUUGUAUCCACUCAUGAUUACAUUGAGAUAGAUUCUCAUGAAUCCUCUCAAACAGCAGACAUGAGCCAAACCCGCCAGGCUUUCUACCCAGACAAAGAAGAACAACGAGUCCCAGAGAAAGCAUUAGAGAAAGGAUGGCCAGAGCUAUCCUGGAUACGAGAGAAGACUCAAGAAAAUGCACUUCGAGAACAUCUUGAAACACCGAGGCAUUCACAACAAGGCGGUAGAAGUUAA